AUCCAGCUUACCCUCCACAACACACUCACCAAAUCCCCAAAUUCCCAAAUCAUCCAGUUUCGUCGUUCCGAGCUAGAGAGAACUCAGCCAUGUCGGGCCGCGGCAAGGGAGGCAAGGGCCUGGGUAAGGGCGGCGCGAAGCGCCACCGGAAGGUGCUGCGGGACAACAUCCAGGGCAUCACGAAGCCGGCGAUCCGUCGCCUGGCGCGCCGUGGCGGCGUGAAGCGCAUCUCGGGGCUCAUCUACGAGGAGACCCGCGGCGUGCUCAAGAUCUUCCUCGAGAACGUCAUCCGCGACGCCGUCACCUACACGGAGCACGCCCGCCGCAAGACCGUCACCGCCAUGGACGUCGUCUACGCCCUCAAGCGCCAGGGCCGCACCCUCUACGGCUUCGGCGGCUGAUCCCGUCCUGUCCGCAUCCGGAUCUGGGCUCCGCUCGGUUCUCUGGUUUCCUUGUUGGUGGUGGGGUGUGGCUGUGUUCGUGAGGAUGGGAUUGCUAGGGUUACUUGUUCCUUUGGUGCUGGAGGUGGUUGUUGGGUUUGUGCUGUGAAUUGCAAUGCGAUUGAUGCAUAUGUUUAAUGGAAUGGAUUCGGUUCCUUUCGGUAUUU